GUUGCGUGUCGCGUGUAGAACUCAAGCCCACUCACUGGGGGGGAGGAGGAACAAAAGUCGGGCAGGUAAACGCCAACAUUAACUCCACUAAUUCAGCGAUCAUUUUGAAGAGAGCAUCGAGGUGAACGUUUUCUAUCUUGUUUUAUUUGAGUUUUUUAAUUUGGAGGUGACGAGGGUGAACACAGCAGGUGACAACUUGGUUAACAGGAGACAGAGCUUUGCGAAACCUCCAACACCACGAAAGAAACAAGUGCUCAGCGAUUUUCUUCUACAAGCGACAACGGCACUUGUUCGAAGGGGAACAACAUUCAACUCUGAAGAUCGUGGACUUUGAUUCGCGUUCGCCUCGCGCCACGGCAUAGCGCACGCAGCCAACGAAUCCGGAAUAUCUCCGCGUUACAAUGGGGGAGCAGCCAAUCUACACCACCAGGGCCCAUGUCUUCCAAAUUGACCCAAGCACCAAGAAGAACUGGGUCCCUGCCAGCAAACAGGCCGUCACUGUCUCCUAUUUUUACGACAGCACACGCAACAGCUACCGCAUCAUCAGCGUGGAUGGAACCAAGGUCAUCAUCAACAGCACCAUCACACCCAACAUGAUGUUCACAAAGACGUCACAGAAAUUUGGCCAGUGGGCUGAUAGCAGGGCCAACACCGUGUUUGGCUUGGGCUUCAGCUCAGAGCAGCAGCUUGCUAAGUUUGCAGAGAAGUUCCAGGAAGUCAAAGAGGCGGCCAAAAUCGCAAGAGACAAAUCCCAGGAGAAGGUGGAGGUGCUGGGCAAUCACUCCCCGGAGUCUGGGCGUGAAACCCCAUCAACGAACCAGGCUUCCAGCAUCAAUGGCACAGAUGACGAGAAAAUCUUUCACGUGGGACCAGAGGCUGUCCUGCUGAAGAAUGAUAAUGAUCUGCUCAAGAGCACCGUCGAACAGAGUAACACCAACGCCAAGAAGUGGGAAACCGAGCUGCAGACGCUAAGAGAGAAUAACGCCAGGCUUGUGGACGCGCUGCAGGAAUCCUCGGCUAAUGUAGAAAGCUGGAAGAAACAACUCAGUGCAUGCAAGGAGGAGAGUGACACGCUCAGGGAGAAGAUUGCAGAGCUGGAGGUUCAGUGUAAUGAGGCCAGUCAGGAGAAGCAAAGAAAUGCGCAACUGAGCGUGCGUGUGCAGGAGCUGGAGGCCGAGCUGCACGACAAAGAGCAGGAGCUGGAAAAUUUAAGGAAGCAAGCAGAGAUAAUCCCUCAACUCAUGUCAGAGUGUGAGAGCAUCACUUCCAAACUGCAGACUGCAGAGACAAAGAACAGAGAGCUUGAGGGGAGGAUCGACGUUCUUCACAUGGAUGUGGACGACAGUCAUCAGAAGCAGGGCAACAUCAAGGGCGAGCUGAAGAAGUUGAUGGACACCCUGGACAUCAAGCUGGACGAGCUGCACGAGUUCCGACGAGGCCUGUCGCGGCUGGGCAUCGACAACUGAGACCGUCGGGCCGCCGUUGACAUCUUCAGGGCACAAACUACGUGGCGCUAAAUCUCGCUCAAAAGUCACAUCCACUUGGAGACACUAUGAACAUACUCGGAGGAGGAGCAGCAUGCUCCAAUCCAUGACUUUACCUUUUGUGUGCAAGCCAAUUAAGAGUCAUACUUUGGAGCUGAUGUUUGUGGGGGUGAUCUGGGGAUGGGCCGGCUGAUGCUGGGCGUUUUAUAAGGGCUACAACUAACAACACACAAGGGGAAUCCUGCUGAGCGUCUCUAAUUAUACUCGAGUAAUAAUUAGUGUUAUUCUGAAGCCCCGCCCCCCUCGCGUCACAGUCAAUAGGCUCCAUCUCAGGUGUGUCACUUUGUACUGGCAUGACACGCACCCGCGAGACUAAUGGCCGUGACACUAAGUGCCUCCAGGGGAUCUGUUUUGGUGAAAUCCUCCUGGCGAGGAGAAACGGCCUCAUGUGAAAAGCAUCUUGCUAAACAAACUCGGAUGUGUGGAAAACCGUUUGAGCAUUUAGUCCAUAGACUUGCUAGCUAGCUUUAGUUCCACGCACGACUACUAAAGAACAACACGUGCUGGUAAAAAACAAAAAAAAAUGCAGAUAAUGACAAAAAUCGUGAAGUGCUGGAUGUCAACUAAAAGAAUUUUGUUUAUUGAAAAAUUGCUCAAACGGCAUCAUCCGUUUAUCAAUACUCGCGAUAUCCAGCUUCAGGUCCGAUUGUACGGGUAGAUACAGUACACGGUCCUUAAGCUGGAUGCCAAGUCAAAUGUCAAAGAGACGUGUACUGCAACUUCCCUCUAAAGAGUCCUUUUUGCUGUCCAGCAUUUCCAGACGGGUACAAGUGAUGUCUCCGUAGCGCUCCACACCAACCAAGUCAUCCAAAAUGAAUAGAAGCCAAUUUCUCAGUCACUUUCAAGGACCUGUUUUGUGAGUGUGUGCAAUAGUAUUUGGGGUUGGUUUGUACAAUGCUGUUAAUGUGCUUCCUCAAGUUUCUUUUUUUGUGUGUCGGUGGUGAUUUUGUGAGGCAAGGGGACGUGGUGCUGCGACACGGGAGAACAAUGUGAACAAUAACACUACUACUGAGGGACUUGUGACUUUUGUUUGACAUCAUUUAUUUGGGUGCCUCUCUCCUAUGUGUUUCUUCAGCAAAGUCAAUCUAUAUGUACAAUACUAUAGGAAAUAUACCAAACCUGUCUUCUAUCAGAGCUGAUUUGUACAAUAUUCUAUUUUUAAAUAUUUAAAAAAAAUAAUAUAUUUACUUGCAUCUCUGUUAUAAAAUUGGAAUUUAUCCAUCUGUGUAAUACCAAACAUAGCAAAAUGACCUUUUGUUUUGAACCAAAUGACUCUUGUAAACACCUGUGGCUUCUCUUCACUGUACAAUACAACUCACUGAAGAAAAAAAAAAAAAAAAAGUUUAAUUACAACACUGUAUGAGAGAGAAAGAGAGACUGUGACAUAUUCUGUUUGAAAUUUCACAUUCCUGGUGAAAAUAGAUCUGAUGUGCCUCUGACAGGUGGCCUCAUAAGUGUGGUAAGCACUGCACACCACUUUGAAAUAACCAAGUGACAGUGAAAUAUUUCUGGUGGCAAUAAAGGAGGCUGCUCAUCUAUGUACA